AUGGCUCCAAACAGCCCAAAUCCAAACAGUACUCACCACACCCCGACUAGAAGAGGUGGAGGGAACAGUUAUAGGAAGUAUAGGGACCGAAACAGCAACACACCAUCGCCAAAACUACGUAAGGGUAAUAUCAACGGCACACAAAGCAGGGUUUCACCACGUACAACUAUGGACAUAGAGAACAACAAUCGACGAGUUAAGUCGUCUUCGCCGUUCAUCGUCACACCCAGACAAUCACCACAGCCGUCCGAUCCCAACAGCAAUAACGAAAGUCCCUAUGCUGGUGCUAAGUUUAGCGACCCACCAUCGCCAAAAUUUCUGCCGAGGCCACCCACACGUUGGGUCGAAGAGUCGGUAAAAAAUAGGAGGGUCAGUACUACUGCCAUUAUUACUCCUCGCAGCAUUACUCCUGAAGCAGAAUGUGAUAUCAUGACUUCACAACUGAAAAUGAUGCUCAAAGUAACUGCGUGA